GCGCUAAGUCCUCGCGAGAGGAGCUGUCCCCGAGGCGGGAUGGCCGCCGAGCCGGGCGGAGCUGUCCCGCGGCUCCCGGGGCCGGCUCUUUGGCCUGAGACAUGGCCCGGGGUCCCGGCCCGCUAGGCCGGCCUCGACCCGACGCGGGCGCCAUGCCCAAGAGAGGGAAGCGACUCAAGUUCCGGGCCCACGACGCCUGCUCCGGUCGAGUGACCGUGGCGGAUUAUGCCAACUCGGAUCCGGCGGUCGUGAGGUCUGGACGGGUCAAGAAAGCCGUUGCCAACGCCGUGCAGCAGGAAGUAAAAUCUCUCUGUGGCUUGGAAGCCUCCCAGCUUCCUGCAGAGGAAGCUCUUUCUGGGGCUGGUGAGGCUGGUGACGUCUUGGACAGCAGUGAUGAGCUGGAGGACCAGGAGGAGAGUAUCUACGAAAGAACAGUCUCCAGGAAAAAGAAAAGCAAGCCACACGAAGAAGACCUGGAUGGGGCUGCAGGAGAAGAGUAUCCCAUGGAUAUUUGGCUGUUGCUGGCCUCCUACAUUCGCCCUGAGGACAUUGUGAACUUUUCCCUGAUCUGUAAGAAUGCCUGGACUGUCACUUGCACUGCUGCCUUUUGGACCAGGUUGUACCGAAGGCACUACACGCUGGAUGCCUCUCUGCCUUUGCGCCUGCGGCCAGAGUCCAUGGAGAAGCUGCGCUGUCUGCGUGCCUGUGUGAUUCGCUCGCUGUACCAUAUGUAUGAACCGUUUGCUGCUCGAAUCUCCAAGAAUCCAGCCAUUCCUGAAAGCACUCCCAGCACGUUAAAGAAUUCCAAAUGCUUACUUUUCUGGUGCAGGAAGAUUGUUGGGAACAGACAGGAACCAAUGUGGGAAUUCAACUUUAAGUUCAAAAAACAGUCCCCUAGGUUAAAGAGCAAGUGCAGGGGAGGAGGAUUGCAGCCUCCCAUUCAGUAUGAAGAUGUUCAUACCAACCCGGACCAGGACUGCUGCCUUCUGCAGGUCACCACCCUCAAUUUCAUCUUUAUUCCAAUUGUCAUGGGCAUGAUAUUCACCCUGUUUACCAUCAACGUGAGUACAGACAUGCGCCACCAUCGAGUGAGAUUGGUGUUCCAAGACUCUCCUGUCCAUGGUGGUCGGAAACUGCGCAGCGAGCAGGGCGUGCAAGUCGUCCUGGACCCCGUGCACAGCGUCCGGCUCUUUGACUGGUGGCAUCCUCAGUACCCGUUCUCCCUGAGAGCGUAGUUGCUGUUCCCAGGGGCAGUUGGGGCAGCCCCGAGGCUCAUCCAUUAGUGAUCUGAUUCCACUGGGGGGUUAGUGACGCACAUGCCCCUUGGGUUCCUGAGGCUUCAGCUGAGGGAGGGAGAAGGGCUCAAUCAACAGGAAAAACAGCUAUGAUUUCUAAAUAUAUUUUAACGUAAAAAUUUGCAUUCA